AUGCGCCCCGAGGUCGAGCAGGAGCUCGCGCACACACUGCUCGUCGAGCUUCUCGCCUACCAGUUUGCCUCGCCUGUGAGGUGGAUUGAAACACAAGAUGUCUUCCUCGCUGAGAAGACCGCCGAGCGCAUUGUCGAAAUCGGCCCUGCAGACACCCUGGGCGUGAUGGCCAAGCGGACUCUGGCGUCAAAAUACGAGGCUUACGACGCCGCCAAGUCCGUCCAGAGACAGAUUCUCUGCUACAACAAGGACGCCAAAGAGAUAUACUACGAUGUCGACCCGGUUGAGGAGGAGCCCGAGCCGACGCCAGAGGCCAGUUCGGGUGGUGCUGCGGCGCCUGCUGCUGCUGCUGCUGCUGCUGUCCCUGUCGCUGCCGCACCAGCUCCCAACUCUGGCCCGGCCGCACAGGUGCCUGACGCGCCGGUGCAGGCGCUCGAGAUCGUUCGCGCCCUCAUUGCACAGAAGCUGAAGAAGCCCUUCCUCGAGGUGCCACUUAGCAAGGCCAUCAAGGACCUAGUCGGUGGCAAAUCCACACUCCAGAACGAGAUUCUCGGUGACCUCGGCAAGGAGUUCGGCUCUACACCCGAGAAGCCAGAAGACACUCCCCUUGACGAGCUCGGUGCCUCCAUGCAGGCCACCUUCGACGGCAACCUGGGCAAGCAUUCCCAGUCGCUCAUUGCCCGUUUAAUUUCUUCCAAAAUGCCCGGUGGCUUCAACAUCACAGCUGCCCGCAAAUAUCUCGAGACUCGGUGGGGGCUGGCAUCUGGUCGCCAAGAUGGUGUGCUGCUGCUGGCCAUAACUAUGGAGCCUCCGGCACGUCUUGGCUCGGAAUCCGAUGCGAAGGCCUUCCUCGACGACGUCACUCAGAAGUAUGCCGCAAAUGCGGGCGUCAGCCUGACCACGGCCGCAUCUGGCGGUGACGCUGGCGGUGGUGGCGGCGGCAUGAUGAUGGACCCGGCUGCUCUGGACGCCCUGACCAAGGACCAGCGCGCCCUUUUCAAGCAGCAGCUGGAACUGCUUGCCCGCUACCUGAAGAUGGAUCUGCGUGCUGGCGACAAGGCCUUCCAGACCUCGCAAGAGUCGUCCAAGGUCCUGCAGAGCCAGCUCGACCUGUGGAACGCCGAGCACGGUGACUUCUACGCCGCCGGCAUCGAGCCUGUCUUCAGCUCUCUCAAGGCCCGAGUCUACGACUCCUCGUGGAACUGGGCUCGCCAGGACGCUCUCAGCAUGUACUACGAUAUCAUCUUUGGUCGGCUGCAGGCCGUUGACCGUGAGAUUGUCAGUCAGUGCAUCCGCAUCAUGAACCGAUCCAAUCCCACUCUGCUUGAGUUCAUGCAGUACCACAUCGAUAACUGCCCGACCGAGCGCGGCGAGACCUACAAGCUCGCCAAGGAGCUUGGCGCCCAGCUCAUCGAGAACUGCAGGGAGGUGCUCAACGUCCCGCCCGUUUACAAAGACGUCGCCAUGCCCACGGGCCCGCGCACCACUGUCGACGCCCGCGGCGUUCUCAACUACGAAGAGGUCCCACGUGCUAGCUGCCGCAAACUUGAGCAUUACGUCCAGCAGAUGUCGGCCGGUGGCAAGAUCACCGAGUACGGCACCCGUGCCAAGGUCCAGACUGGCCUGUCCCGCCUGUACAAGCUCAUGAAGCAGCAGCACAAGGUGUCCAAGACCUCGCAGCUCGAGUUCAAGCAGCUGUACGGUGAGCUUCUGCGCUCGCUAGAGAUGAACGAGAGCCAGAUCAUCUCCGCCAACGGUGCUGCCAAGAAGUCGCUGACCUCCAAGCCCAACGGCACGCCCAAGGCCAAGGUCGACACCAUCCCCUUCUUGCAUCUCCGCAGCCAAUCCCUCAGCGGCUGGGACUACAGCAAGAAGCUGACCGGCCUGUACCUGGACUGUCUGCGUGAGGCUGCCGCUGCCGGUGUCAGCUUCCAGGGCAAGUACGCUCUGAUGACUGGCGCCGGCGCCGGCUCCAUUGGUGCCGACAUUCUCCAAGGUCUCAUCAGCGGCGGUGCCCAUGUCAUUGUCACGACGAGCCGCUACUCUCGUGAGGUGACUGAGUACUACCAGGCCAUGUACGCCCGCCACGGCUCGCGCGACUCGCAGCUCGUUGUCGUUCCCUUCAACCAGGGCAGCAAGCAGGACGUCGAGGCGCUCGUCCAGUACAUUUACGACCCCAAGAACGGCCUCGGCUGGGACCUCGAUUACAUUGUUCCCUUCGCUGCCAUCUCGGAGAACGGUCGCCAGAUUGAUGGUGUCGACUCCAAGUCGGAGCUGGCUCACCGUAUCAUGCUGACCAACCUCAUCCGUCUCCUCGGUAGCGUCAAAACGGAGAAGGCUUCCCGUGGCUUCACCACGCGCCCUGCCCAGGUCAUUCUGCCCCUGUCUCCCAACCACGGUACGUUCGGCAACGACGGUCUGUACUCUGAGUCCAAGCUGGGUCUCGAGACUCUCUUCAACCGUUGGCACGCCGAGGACUGGUCGGACUACCUGUCUGUCUGCGGUGCCGUCAUCGGCUGGACCCGUGGUACGGGCCUGAUGUCUGGCAACAACAUUGUGGCUGAGGGUGUCGAGCGCUUCGGCGUGCGCACCUUCUCGCAGCAGGAGAUGGCCUUCAACCUGCUGGGUCUCAUGUCCCCCACCAUUGUCGACCUGUGCCAGAACGAGCCGGUCAUGGCCGACUUGAACGGCGGCCUCCAGUUCAUCCCCAACCUCAACGAGGCAAUGACCAAGCUGCGCAAGGAGAUCACCGAGACCAGCGAGAUCCGCAAGGAGGUCACCAAGGAGAACUCGAUCGAGAACAAGAUCGUCAACGGCGAGAAGUCCGAGACUCUUUACAAGCAGAAGGUCAUCGAGCCGCGUGCCAACAUCAAAUUCGAGUUCCCCGACUUCCCCGACUGGAAGAAGGAGAUCGAGCCCCUCAACGCAAACCUCAAGGGCAUGGUCGACCUUGACAAGGUCGUUGUCGUCACCGGCUUCGCCGAGGUUGGCCCCUGGGGUAACUCGCGCACGCGCUGGGAGAUGGAGGCGUACGGCGAGUUCUCGCUGGAAGGUUGUGUUGAGAUGGCCUGGAUCAUGGGCCUGAUCAAGAACUUCAACGGCCCCAUCAAGGGCAAGCCGUACUCCGGCUGGGUGGACGCCAAGUCGGGCGACCCGGUCGACGACAAGGACAUCAAGACCAAGUACGAGAAGUUCAUCCUGGAGCACUCUGGCAUCCGUCUGAUUGAGCCGGAGCUUUUCGAUGGCUACGACCCGAACAAGAAGCAACUGCUGCACGAGGUCGUCAUCGAGGAGGACCUCGAGCCCUUCGAGGCCUCCAAGGAGACCGCCGAAGAGUUCAAGCGUGAGCACGGCGACAAGGUCGAGAUAUUUGAGGUGCCCGACAGCGACCAAUACACUGUCCGUCUCAAGAAGGGCGCCGGUUUGUGGAUCCCCAAGGCCCUCCGCUUCGACCGUCUUGUCGCUGGCCAGAUCCCCACGGGUUGGGAUGCCAAGCGCUACGGUGUGCCGGAGGAUAUCAUCUCUCAGGUUGAUCCCGUCGCCCUCUUCGUGCUCGUUUCCGUUGUCGAGGCUCUCCUGUCUUCGGGUGUCACCGACCCGUACGAGUUCUACAAGUACGUGCAUGUUUCCGAGGUCGGCAACUGCAUUGGUUCCGGCAUGGGUGGUGCAGGCGCUCUGCGCGGCAUGCACCGCGACCGCUACCUGGACAAGCCUCUGCAGAACGAUAUUCUGCAGGAGUCGUUCAUCAACACUAUGAGUGCGUGGGUGAACAUGCUUCUGCUGUCUUCGUCGGGUCCGAUCAAGACCCCCGUUGGUGCCUGCGCGACAGCCGUCGAGUCUGUGGACAUUGGUUACGAGACCAUCAUGGAGGGCAAGGCCCGCGUCUGCAUUGUCGGUGGCUUUGACGACUUUGGUGAGGAGGGCUCAUACGAGUUCGCCAACAUGAAGGCCACGAGCAACGCCGUCGACGAGUUUGCCCACGGCCGCACGCCUAAGGAGAUGUCGCGCCCGACCACGACCACCCGUAACGGCUUCAUGGAGUCCCAGGGCAGUGGUGUGCAGGUCAUCAUGACCGCACAGCUGGCCCUUGACAUGGGCGUCCCCAUCUACGGUGUGCUGGCCAUGACGACGACGGCUUCCGACAAGAUUGGCCGGUCCGUGCCCGCGCCCGGCAUGGGUGUCCUGACCUCGGCUCGUGAGCACGCCGGCAAGUUCCCGUCGCCGCUGCUCGACAUCAAGUACCGCCGCCGCCAGAUCGAGCUUCGCAAGAAGCAGAUUGCGCAGUGGAAGGAGUCAGAGCUGGAGUUCCUGGCCGACGAGGUUGCCGCCAUGAAGGCCCAGAGCGACGGCGCCUUUGACGAGAAGGCGUACCUCGCUGACCGCGCCAACCACAUCGAGAAGGAGGCUGUUCGCCAGGUGAAGGACGUUCUUCGCAGCCUGGGCAACAAUUUCUGGAAGGGUGAUGCCAGCAUCGCGCCGCUGCGCGGUGCCCUUGCCACGUGGGGCCUGACGAUUGAUGACCUCGACGUCGCGUCUUUCCACGGCACGUCCACCAAGGCCAACGACAAGAACGAAUCGUCCGUUAUCUGCCAGCAGCUGUCCCAUCUGGGCCGCACCAAGGGCAACGCCGUCCUUGGCAUCUUCCAGAAGUACCUCACUGGCCAUCCCAAGGGUGCUGCCGGUGCCUGGAUGAUGAACGGCUGUCUGCAGGUGCUCAACACGGGUCUCGUUCCCGGCAACCGCAACGCCGACAACGUGGACGAGGUCAUGGAGAAGUUCGACUACAUUGUGUACCCGAGCCGCAGCCUGCAGACGGAUGGUAUCAAGGCCUUCUCCGUGACGUCGUUUGGUUUCGGCCAGAAGGGCGCGCAGGCCAUUGGUAUCCACCCCCGCUACCUGUAUGCCACUCUGGACGAGGCGACGUUCGACGCGUACCGCGUCAAGGUCGAGGCCCGCCAGAAGAAGGCAUACCGCUACUUCCACAACGGCAUGAUCAACAACUCGGUCUUUGUGGCCAAGACGCAGGCGCCGUACACGGAUGAGCAGCUGUCGUCGGUGCUGCUGAACCCCGAUGCCCGCGUCAACAAGGACAAGAAGACGGCGGAGCUGACGUUCCCGUCCAACUUCAUGCAGCUGUCCACCAAGACGAUUCCGGAUGCCAAGGCCAACACCACGCUCGAGAAACUGCAGGUGCUCGCGCAGCAGAUCCAGACGUCGAGCAACAAGGUCGGCAUCGACUUGGAGGACAUCUCGGCGAUCAACAUUGAGAACGAGACAUUCCUGGAGCGCAACUUUACGGAGCGUGAGAUUGCCUACUGCACAUCGACGGCCAACGUCCAGGCCGCUUUUGCCGGCCGGUGGUCGGCCAAGGAGGCCAUCUUCAAGUCUCUCGGCGUCGCCAGCCGCGGUGGCGGUGCGCCGCUGAAGGAGAUUGAGGUGCUGCGUGACGAUACAGGUGCUCCGACGGUCCACCUGCAUGGUGACGCGGCGUCGGCGGCCAAGGCGGCCAACCUCAGAGAGGUGACCGUCUCGAUCUCGCACGCAGACAGCCAGGCUGUGGCCAUAGCUGUGUCGACGUUUGCUUAG